UCUAAGUUCCGUAUUUGCGAAUAUUGUUCUGGGCAGUUCACUUUGAACGGUAGUUUGAAAGCGGCCACCGUGACCACGCUAGCUAGGCUAGUGCGGCUAACAUUGAUUCACCGCCGCCGCCGGCUCCUUCCGUACGGGCUGCUCUGCUGUGCCUGGCUGAGCCCGUGUGGCCACUCCGCAGUUACUGUGUUCUUUUGUUCCCCUCCGCCCAAAUAAUAUCCUGGAAGAUGGAACUUCGGGAGUAGGGCACCUUUAGACCGUCGGCGCUCCCGGCCUACGCUGGUUUUGAGGCAGAAUCGAAAUCGAUCGCCUUUUUAUGCGCACACGGAUGCGCUAGCUCUCUUAGCCCGUCUAACAACCUGCUGACAGGUGAAGGUACAAUAUAAAUUGCGCCACACAUCCGACAAAAUGAUGCCGUUGAAAAAAAGGUGAAAAUACCGUGCUAGGCGUGGAGGCGCCUGUAUUUCUGUAAAGAAAGCGUUGUCUAGACACCCGUAAGCUCUUCUCCGAUUGGCUGUGGAGCCUGUCCUUGGAAGACUGUUUGUGAUUGGUUGAGCCCGCAAGUCUCUUGCGAUUGGCCCGUGGACGCUCGCGCUCUUACACCCGUGUUCCAUUGGCCGGGCGUGUGCGGCGCUUAAAAUGGAAACGACGCGCUUUGCGGCCGAUCAGCAGGAAUUGGGCGACCGCGCGGCGAAACGCGCGAAACUCCUCGAGUUCGCUUGGGUCGGGCUCAACGAGCAAACGUUCGUCGCGGUGAAGCCCGACGGCGUCCACAGGCGCCUGGUGGGCGAGAUCAUCCGCCGCUUUGAGCGCAAAGGUUUCCGCUUGGCGGGAAUGAAGCUGCUUCAGCCGUCGGACACGCUGCUGAAGGAGCAUUACUGGGAGCUGCGGGACAAACCCUUCUUUGGCAGACUCAUCCGAUAUAUGAGUUCUGGACCUGUUGUUGCCAUGGUGUGGCAGGGUUUGGACGUGGUGAAGACGGCGCGCCGCAUGCUGGGAGAGACGAACCCUGCUGACUCUCUGCCAGGGACCAUCCGAGGGGACUUCUGUGUGGAGGUGGCCAGGAACGUGGUGCAUGGCAGCGACUCUGUGCAGAGCGCCCGGAAGGAGAUCUCCCUGUGGUUUCGGCAGCACGAGCUCGUGUGCUGGGAGGACAACAGCCAGCGCUGGAUCUAUGACUAAGGCGGAGCAGGCAGGCAGGCAGGCAGGCAGGCAGGCAGCUGUGCGCUCACUCGCGGCCACAUGCACACACACACGCAGCUGACUAGUUGAUUCCCGGUGCUAGUGAGAAGGGCCGUGUCCUUCGUUCCCCCCAGAGGGGGAAAAACCGCUUUCAGUCCAGUGUUUGUCCCAUAUUACUUGCCAGAACGAGACGUCUCUCCUGUGUUGAAAACAUUUCGAUAUUUAAUUUUUAAUCAUCUUCCCAGUGUGCUGCGAUCAUGGUGUGGUGACAAGGUUACGCUGCUCUCUUAAUGCUUAAAGUGGUUGGAUGGUGGAACAGCACUCAACAGUUUACAUUUACCGUGUUCUGUAGUACGGUCAAGGAGGUCCUCGGUCUGCUCUGAUGUCAGGUGAGGUGUGACACGUCAGCGUUUCAAUACACAGCUAAGGCAGCAGUGCCUCUUUGUGGCUUCCUGUCCCUCACGCUGCUCAUCGGUGCCUGUUUUGUGCUCAAAGACACGGAGAAAUGACCGUUCCGGUGAGCAGGUUGCGUCUGGGCACUUGGUACCCCGAGUUCCUCAGGGAGAGACUCCCAGCUCUGUGGACUGAUGCUAGUAAGUUGCUUAGUGUAGAACCCUUGGCCUCGCUAGCACAUCUGCUAUCAGUAGAAUGUACUUGAGUCUCACAGUCAAGUUUAUUCAGGAAACGCAUUCUGUGUUACUGAGGCUCCUCAUGAAUA